GAUUGCAGGAGUGAUGUGUCGGACGCGCCACUCCAAGUGCUCUGGCCAAGAAUUCCCUUGCAGUGACGGAAGAGGCUGUGUGGCGCGUUCCCUCGUGUGCGAUGGCAGUGUUCACUGUCCGGACGGCAGUGACGAGAAGGAGGAGCUUUGUGAGGACGUAGGCGUGAUCAGGCUGAGGGAAAGUAUCAGACCCCUCGAGGUGCCCGGUAUGGUGGCUGGCACGGUGGCGGUGAAGCGACAGGGUUCCUGGGCCUCCCUGUGCGGCUAUUUCAAGGUCAACGAAGCCAGGGUGCUGUGCAGAAGUCUGGGCUACAGCGGCGACUGGACGGUGCUUUUUUACAAGGGGUACCUCGGGAAAGGUCUCAGCUCGCCCAUCUUUUCCCGGCCGCAGUGCGAGGGACACGAGACGUGGAUCGGCGAGUGCCCUGGCGAUACGUGGGGCGAGAAGAACUGUUCGAUCGGCACCGACCUGGGUCUCUUGUGCUCUCAAGAGGACGUCGCCGUGGACUGGCGAAGGGGCAGCUGGAGGUCAGGCUGGAACGGUUUCCCUGGGCUAGCGUCUGCACAGUACAAGUGGAAAAAGUACAUUACUGAACAGUAA